GAUCAAACUACGGACAAAACACCAACAUAUCAGACACAAUCUACCCAUCAUGGCUUCGGAAUCUCCUCCGCAAGCAUUCAUUCCAAGUCGUGACGAUGUCCAUGCCGCGCGUAGCAUCCUCUCGUCCCUGGGCGUGCCGAACGAACUAGUGCUUGAAGUCCUCCACUUCGCGCGCUACUGGCCCGAGACAACCCACGAGACCAGCGAUCACUUCGUUCUUUUUGACGAGAAAUGGGAUGUCGACUUCACCGCGGCAUUCCCCUACCUCUGGGUCCCAAUUGGGUCCUCGGACGAUCCAGACGAUGAAGAGCAGCCCAAAGUCCGGGAAAUCGAGUUCCUUAUCGUCAGCCACGACCAGGGUUGGACUACGGAGGAUACGGCGGGAACCUACAAGACAUCCUCUUGGUUCGAAGUGUCGCACGCUCGAGCUGGUCCGGCGAGCGAUAUGCCACCUGAGCCCAUGGGGCCGUUCCCACAUGUCGACCGAGCACGAGAGUAUCUCUUAGAUGGUGCCCACAAUAUUGAGCUCAUGCCGCGGUCGUCGUCAGAAAUGGAGCCUCAGAGGUUGCAUUGCCGCGAGAUGAGAGAGGUGGCUAGCGAGCCAGAGAUAUUUCGGAAAAGGGCGCCCCCUUCUGACGAAGGGAGGUAUGCCUGGUACUUACAGGGCAACAAGGUCGGCAGAGGGCCAUCUGUUUUUGAAGGCGACUUGGUGAAGCGGUAUCGCGUUGUCUGGGGAUGUGCGGCGAAUCCGCGGUGGGAGGGCAAUGAGGGCGCUGGACGUGGAGAAGGCUUCCUGGAUUCGCUGCGGAAUGGGGAUUGGAUUGUCGUUUGGGCGAGGGCGAAGAGGAGAGGCUGGGAUAAUCACGUGCUCGGAGUACGUGUGACAGUCCGGUACACGAUCUAACAUCAACAUUCGGACAUGUUACGGCAUCCUCACUCGAAAGAAAUGUCUCUCGAAAGGAAUGUCUCCCUUCUCUUCACUCAUCACGUUUGAUGCUUUUCAGUCAUUCUGUCGUCAACAUGGAGAACUGGUAUCUUGUAUUGAUAUGCUUCAUUUUAUCUUUUGGUUGGCGUCACCCGGCUAUAAGGCAAACAGUAUGUGUCUAGCUCGAGGAGAGCACUCAAAUUUCAAAAAGGAGGUAAACUUCCUC